AGCUUCCAGCCGAAGCCGUGCUGAGGCUCUCCUCAAGACGGCAGCCCGACCCGUUGGACCGACAUGUUCGGUGUGAUUGAAGCCUUCACCGUCAUUGGGACCAUUUCAGCAUUGGUAUCUGCCUACAAGCAGGCAGGUGGACGCUUUCGACUUUGGAAAUCAAAAAAGCAAAAGACCAAGAUCGGAGAACAAGAGGUGCCUCUCGAAAAUUCCCUUCAACAGGUCCCUCACCGUUUUCAGCGUCGAUACGACAAAGGCUGCUCCUGUCUUGGGCCUGCUUUUGCCAAAGGAGACGGUAUUGCAAAGGAGUCCCUGUACAAGACCUUGCUCAAAUUCAACAAGACACUGCUCGAGUGCUUGAGGUUGGCCAUCUCCAGUAAUGGUGAGCCAGACCUCGCUCACCUCUUGCGCAUUUCCGAAACGACUGGCCAGUAUACCAAUUCUGUUCUCCGAGACCUUUAUCAGCGAGUCUCACAGGCAAAGGAGAUCCCUCGCAGCCCUCCACUGCACGGAAGUUCUCAGAAGAACUUCUUGAGUGAACAUUCUCGGCGAAAUAUUCGAAAUGUCUUCCCGAACGCAGCCGAACUUCCAGCCGACUCACCCCAGCAACUGCCGUCACCGGCAGGACAAGAAAUGUAUGAUAAGUUCUGGAAGGGCCGGGAUGACGGUGGCUUUCAGAUGGAAUCGAGAACCUCACCUGGUCCGCUUCCUGGCACGUCGCGGAGGGUUUCCAGGCCGUCUUCUUGCGUGUCUUCCACAAGCCAGCAUGUACUCGAGGCGAACCUUGAUCGGUUGAUCCAGCAUUCACGUGAAAAUGCACCCUCGACAUUUGCAAGCUCGAGUGCACUUAGACAUAGCUCCGUCAGCCUGUCGACCAGCGCCAGCAUCGUUCAACUUAACAGAGAGUCUCUUUCAAGAUGGAAGAGCAUCUAAAGGGUAUGCUUUCAAAGGAAGACUUUGCUCGUUUUCCAACGCUCAGCUUUGUCGCACACAUAUUCGCGUUGCGCGUGAGGAAAACAGUUGAGGCGCCUCGUCCUGUCCAUCUGGGCCUAAGCAAGGCCUAAUGGCCAGCUCCGGGAGACAUCUGUUGUUAUCUUAUCACACCCUGUAAUGCCCGAGGUUGUCGAAAGUCGGAUUACAACUCCCUUUAGACGGCAAGCAUCAUUAUUCCGGAGGCAAGUAAUGGCGGGUAUUGCUCUCACAAGACUUCCCCGACACAUCACAGCGAUUCUCGGCCCUGGAUCUGUCGACACUCGCAUCUCGGAAACGAGGGGUCAUUAGGCUUAUCAAUGAGUUCCGAGCUCGACCAACAGCCCAUCUCCGCAUUUCACAGGACUUGAUUGGUAGAGGUCCAAGAGACGGUAGAAUCGACCCUUAUGCUGGCAGAGGGAAAGUG